ACAAAGGCACUCAUGAGUCUGCCAAGUCAAGAUCAAUGGAAGAUAAGAUGUCAGCUCUAAAAGCUUAUAGAAGAGCAAAAGGACUCUUUUACAAAUGUGGAGAGAAGUGGAAUCCUAAUCAUAAGUGCCCUACUGCUGUUUCACUUCAUGCUAUAGAAGAAGUUUGGCAAAUCUGUUCUGAACCUUCACCUUCUGACUCUGAAGAAUCUGACUCAGCUGAUGAUUUAUGUGCUCUUUCUCUGCAAGCUGCCAAGGGCACUGAAGGCUCACAAACUAUCAGAUUGAGAGGUUUUGUCAACAAUCUUGAAGCAUUUAUCUUGGUUGAUUCAGGCAGCACUCACUGUUUUAUCAAUGAACAGUUAGCUAUGUCCAUUCCUGGCUGGAAAACCUUGAUUACACCUGUAUUGGUUAAAGUGGCCAAUGGUAAUAUUUUCACUUGUACACAUGAGAUUCCCGAAUUGAUUUGGGGCAUUCAGGGUCAAACCUUCAGAACAACAGUUAAAAUUCUUCCACUGGGCAGUUAUGAUAUGAUCUUGGGGAUGGAUUGGUUGGAAUCCAACGGUCCUAUGCAGGUUCAUUGGCAACGUAAGUGGAUGAUGUUUCAGUAUAAGGGCAAGACCAUCACACUUCAGGGAGUUCAUACUGUUAUGGGUUCUCCUAUCAGUGACCAACAAGUUCAAGCCCUGAUCAAGAAUGACUCUAUUCUGCAUGUCAUACAACUCAAUGCUGUUGAUGUUCAAACUGUUUCACCUGAAUUGCCUCCUGAAGUCAGUCACCUUCUUCAACAAUUUGCUUCAUUGUUUGAAGAACCAAAAGGGAUACCUCCCUCUAGACCAGGUGAUCAUCAGAUCCCUCUUCUACCUGGUGCUCAGCCAUUCAGACUCAGGCCAUACAAUUAUAAUCCUGCACAAAAGGAUGAGAUUGAGAAGCAGAUUUCAGAUAUGCUCAAAAAAGGGUGGAUUCAAUACAGUUGUAGCCCUUUUAGCUCACCUAUCUUGCUGGUAAAAAAGAAAACAGGUGAUUGGCGCCUUUUGUGUUGAUUUCAGACGUCUCAAUGCUCUUACAGUGAAAAACAAAUACCCACUGCCCAUCAUAGAUGAAAUAUUGGAUGAAUUAUUUGGAGCUUGUUGGUUUUCUUCCUAGGACAUGUGCUCAGGAUUUCACCAGAUCAAAAUGCAGAAAGCGGAAGAGUUCAAAACUGCAUUCCAAACUCACAAUGGCCACUAUGAAUACAAAGUCAUGCCCUAUGGGGUAACAGGAGGACCAGGAACAUUGCAAGGGGUAAUUGAAUGAGAUUUUAUCUCCAUUUCUUAGGAAGUUUGUGGGUGUUUUUAUAGAUGAUAUUCUAUUCUAUAGCCAAAGUUGGUCUGAGCAUUUAUUACAUCUGGAACAAGUGUUUACCGUGUUGCAGCAACAUCAGUUUCAUGUCAAACUUUCCAAAUGCAAGUUUGCCAAAAAGGAGUUGUGCUACCUUGGUCAUGUCAUUAGUGCUGCAGGGGUGUCCACAGAUCCUAACAAAGUGGAAAUCAUAAAAAUGGCCAACUCCUUCAUCUGUCAAAGAUAUCAGAAGCUUUCUUGGUAUGGCUGGCUAUUAUAGGAAAUUUGUGAGAAACUUUGGUCUUAUUUCUAAGCCUCUCACAAAUCUUCUCAAGAAAGGUGAAUUGUUCGUCUGGACUAGUGUGACUGAAGAGGCAUUCCAAACUCUCAAGCAUGCUUUCAUCUCUGCACCUGUACUAGCAAUGCCCAAUUUCUCCAAGCAAUUCACUAUGCUCCACAGAUGCUUCAGAUUCUGGUGUUGGUGCUGUUCUUCAACAAGAUGGCCAUCCCAUAGCAUAUAUCAGUAAGGCUUUGGGAGUCAAAUCAAGGGGAUUAUCAACUUAUGAAAAAGAAUGUCUUGCCAUACUGAUGGCCAUUGAUCAGUGGCGCAGUUACCUGCAACAUUCUGAAUUCAUUAUUAAGACAGAUCAAAGAUCCUUAACACAUCUGGAAGAACAAAGAGUCACAAUACCUUGGCAGCAGAAAGCUCUGACUAAACUCUUGGGCCUCUCUUACAAAAUUUAAUAUAAGAAGGGAGUGGACAACAGAGUAGCCGAUGCUCUCUCUAGAGUCUCUCAUGAGCACAUGUCUGAAUUAGCUGCAAUUUCUAUGUCACACCCCACUUGGCUUACAGAAAUACAGCAUGCAUAUUUACAAGAUGAAGCAGCAGUGAAACUUCUUUCUGAACUGUCUGUCUCCUCACCUGUUGGUUAUUACUGUUUAAAGUCUGGCAUUAUAUAUUACAAACAAAGAAUCUGGGUGGGUAAUUAUACUUCUCUGCAACAGAGAAUUCUGCAAGCAUUACAUGCUAGUGCCAUUGGUGGGCAUUCUGGUUAUGAAGUAACUUAUAAGAGAAUCAAGAGACUUUUUGCUUGGCCAAGAAUGAAACAUGACAUCAAGAAUUUUGUCUCUCAGUGCUCUGUUUGUCAACAAGCAAAAUCAGAACGAGUAGCUUACCCUGGUCUUUUAUCCCCUUUACCUGUUCCUGAAGGGGCCUGGCAAGUGGUGACAUUGGACUUCAUUGAAGGUCUGCCCAAGUCAGCUUCUUACAACUCUAUUCUGGUUGUGGUGGAUAAAAUGUCGAGGUAUGCCCAUUUUCUACCUCUGACCCAUCCCUUCACUGCAUUCCAACUGGCAAUGGUCUACAUGAACAAUGUUUUCAAGUUGCAUGGUCUACCCACUGCCAUGGUAUCUGAUCGUGAUAGGGUGUUCACUAGUACAGUUUGGCAAGAACUAUUUAAACUUACUGGUACUCAAUUACGCAUGAGCACGGCCUACCACCCGCAAACUGAUGGCCAGACUGAACGGGUAAAUCAGUGUCUUGAGACUUGCGUUGUUUUGUUCAUGCUUGCCCAACCAAGUGGUCUCAAUGGUUAUCCUUAGAGGAAUUCUGUUACAACACAUCUUAUCACUCUACUCUGGAUAGCACUCCCUUUGUUGUGCUAUAUGGUCAUGAGCCCAGGCAACUUGGUAUUGAUGGCAUUGUAAGGAGUGGCUACAACAAAGAUCCCUGAUGCAACAGCUCCUACACCAACAUCUACUUCGAGCACAAAAACACAUGAAGUUUCAGGCUGACAAGAAGAGAUCAUCUCGUACUUUUGAUGUUGGGGAUUCAGUAUUCUUAAAAAUACAGCCGUAUGUUCAGACAUCUCUAGCUGCUCGGUCUUCCAAUAAGCUCUCUUUCGGAUACUUUGGCCCAUUCUCAAUUGACAAAAUUGGCGAUGUUGCUUAUAAGCUGAAGUUGCCUAAGGGUGUACCAUUCACCCAGUCUUUCACGUGUCACUUCGGAAGAAAGCUGUUCAACCAACCACCUUGGUAAGAUGAUUGCACAAGUACUAGUUCGGUGGUCACACUAACCACCUGAACUGUCUACAUGCGAAGAUGAAGACGCUCUACGCCAGCAAUUUCCUGGAGGUCCGGCUUGGGGACAAGCCGAUUCUGAAGAAGGGAGGGAUGUUACCACCCAAGUACCUAACGUUGUUGCUUCGCCGGAUGAGGAAGAGAAGCGUACUUCAGGAAGGCACCAACGGAAGAUUAACUCCAAGGUGUUUGGGUAAGACUGGGUUCGCUAGGCCCAGGCCCGUGUAAUAAUUUAGCCCAGAUUCGAGGAAUGUCGUGAGGUUAAAUUCCACUCCCUGCGUGGAGAACAGAACGAACAGAACUUGUAUCCUGAACAGACCCGGCGUGCAGGGUCGGCAUCUCGCCGUCGCCUGAGAAGAAAUAUCCAGUUCCACCCAGUUGUCGUUGUGACAACCAACCUUA